AUGAGCGAGCAGUGCUGCUGGAAAGCGAGCACAGUGCUCCUAACCGUCGCCGUCAUUUUGCUGCUCGUCGUCAUUGGAAACUUAAUUUUUACGAGCGAAAAAGGGCCGAUUGAGGUGAGCACAUGAAUUGUUUAAUGAUAAAAUGUUAUUUACAGCUAAUUCCCGAACCGGCGCCGCAUUACGGAAUUUUCACGCAAAAACCGAUUUGUAGCUCGGAAAAAUGGCUGAGAAAUGCGGGCGAUUUGGAAGAUGUAGGCCUAAAAUUUGAGAAAAUUGAAAAAAAAACACAAUUCAUUUCUUUUCUCAGGUGGCCAUCAUUUUGACGCACAAUUCGCUGAACGACACGAGCCGGUGGAUGCGAGAAAUCAAAAAGUUUGCGGAUUUGUUAGAUAAUGAAAUUGACCGCAUUUUUAAGACAGCGAAAAUCGUCGCAAGACCUUCUCAUUUACAUUUUCGCCAACAAUCGCACUUUUUUGGAGCGACAAGAAUUGAAAGCGCUCAGAAAGCAGGUCGAUGGCACGUACCAUAUCAAAGUGAGCAAAAAUUGUAAAGAUUUCGAAUUUCUCUUUGAUUUUCUAGGGAAGCAACUUGACGGAAGUGAUUUUGGACGUUCUGAAAAUAGAAAAACAUCAGUUUUUGAUCCAGGUUGAUGGUAAAAAAAUUCGUUCGAUAAUUGACUUAAUUAAUUGUUCAUCUGAAAGUCGAUAAAAUUCAGAUUCUCAACAAAUCGGCGCCGAUUUCGCCGAUUACUAUUUCCUGGGUAAACAAGCGCUGAAAUUGGAUCCGAAAAUCGAAUGUGUUUGCGGCGGAACGGACAACGAAAUGACCGCCGACGAAUAUUUUCAGCCGGGCGAGGGAAACGUCUUCUGGGUGGCUGAUCAUCCAGAUUACUUUUGUAGAUAUGGUAGGCUUACAAUGACCCGAUCGGCACCAAACUUUGCAGGCUUCUUGUACUUGGAUUGAAGUAUAUUGGGUCCAAGUUUCAGACCGAUCCGAUUGUCCGGUCCCAAUAUAUACCAGCUUGAGGCCGAAUAGGCCGGGGUUUUGCUGAAAUUGCGGUCUUUUCGGCCUCCGAAAUUUUGAUCUGAAACUUAAUCUCAGCGCCAAUGUACCACCGCUCGUCCCGUUUGCUGUUUCUGGAGGAAGAGGAGCGCGAAGACGAAGUGUGCAUCCGUCCGGAAGUGGGAAGAGUCGCCAAUUCCAUCAAUUACGGUAUCUGUUCGAGUGUUUUCAGUGUUAAUGCUCGUAAUUUCAGUCACUAAAAUGACGGCGCACUUGGGCUCUUUCGACCCGAAGAUGCUGACGAUCGAUGCGCUCGAAAAACGAAUGCAAUACGAGUUGACGGUCAUUUUUCUGAAUUUGUAUUGACCAAAAACUGGAUUUUCCAGACGGCCAUCCGAAAAGACAAGUUCUCGUGGGAUGAUCUCAAAAAUCAGGAUGAUACGAAAGUGUACGCAUUCGAUUGGGCGGAGUUUAGCGAUUUGGAGUACUAUUUCGAUGAAGAACUGAUUAUUGUGAGCAAAUUUUUGGGAUCUUUCUAGAAUUGUUUUAAAAUUCAAUGUUUCAGCCGAUAAUGCAGUCGAGAAGCUUCCUGAACGUGAUUCCGAUUUAUGUGGAGGGCCACAAAGUCUACAUUGUUUCUAAAUAA